AGUACAAGUCUCAGUUCUCCAACUGGGAGAGUAGGAGCCUCGAAAAGGAAUUUGAGAUCCUGGUGGGCACUGGAAUAAGAACAUGAGUUCACAGAAGAGUUUGUAAACAGCUUAAACCACCAAAGAGGUUUUUGUUCCCACCUUGACUUCUCACCCACUACUGAUUGUCUUUUUCACACUUUUGUGUGUAUGCUGAUGGCACAACCCAUACCCCUGAGAUUCUGGACACUCCAGGUCCGCCAUCCUGUCAUAUGCACCAACAAUCAUGUAUUCUGUUCUGUUUGUAUCGAUGUAUGGUUGAAGAACAAUAGCCAGUGCCCAGCUUGCCGUGUCCCCAUCACCCCUGAAAAUCCUUGCAAGGAGAUUAUUGGAGGAACAAGUGAAAGUGAACCUAUGCUUAGCCACACUGUCAGAAAACAUCUCCGGAAAACUCGACUUGAAUUACUCCAUCGAGAAUAUGAGGAUGAAAUAGAAAGCCUGCAGAAGGAAGUAGAAGAGCUUCGAGGGAAGAACCUCAGCUUGGAGUCACAAUUGAAGUCUGUUCUGGAUCCUUUGACCCUAGGCAAUCAGAAUGAAGAAAGGCGGCCAGCUGCAGAGGAGAGAAGUAAGCCUCCUCCUGAAACUGUAGCCGAAUGGAAAAAAAGGCUGCGGGCAGCUCAUGAUAUCUAUGAAAAAGUGAAAGAUGAUGUGGACAAACUCAAGGAGGCAAAUAAGAAACUAAACUUGGAAAAUGGUGGCCUGAUGAGGGAGAAUUUGCGAUUGAAGGCUGAAGUUGAUAACAGAUCACCCCAAAAGUUUGGCAGGUUUACAGUUGCUGCUCUUCAGUCCAAGGUAGAACAGUAUGAGCGAGAAACAAAUCGCCUAAAGAAAGCCCUGGAACGAAGUGAUAAAUAUAUAGAAGAAUUAGAAUCUCAAAUCUCAUUGCUAAAAAGCUCAAGUGAAGAAACUGAAACGUCAAAUUCUAUUAGCCAAAGAGUGCUUUCUGCAGAAAGCCAAGGAAACAGUCACCCUGAGGAAAAUACCACAACUUUAACAAGUCAGGUAGAUUGUGUUGGAAAGCAGCCUGUUCCAGCCAACCCAACCUCUACACACCUAACACAGUCUUCGUGUAGUAGGCUUUCAGAUAAUAACUCUGCUACUCAAGAAGGCUCAAGUGAGAGAGAAACAGAGUGUUGUAAGAAUAAAGAACUCUUCCCAGAACAGUUGAAAAUUCUGUUAGAUGUUACUGAUACAAGGAUGGAUGCCUGUUUGGAAAGACAAUGGAAUAAUAAAACUGGGAAUUGUGAUUCUUAUAAAGAUGAGGAACUUUAUGAUCUCCCAGCUCCCUGUACCCCUUCUUUAUCUCUUAGUUGUCUUCAGCUCAAUACCCCAGAUAACAAAGAAGGCUCUCUGGUCAAAACAGAGAGUAUUAGAAAGCACUCACACCACCUAAGAAAAUUGGUAUUUGAUGAUUUUUGUGGCACCUCAAGCAGUUGUGGAAAAGAUCCCCUCCAGGACAAUGCAAGUAGUGAAAAUGGAAAGAAGUCGGAAAGUUUCACUUCCCCAAAGUCAGUGUUUUGGGAUUGUUGCCCUACCAAUUUUGCCCAAAACUUAGAUUUUGAUAGUUCAGAGCAGAACCCAGUUGCAAGUUCUUCUGGAGAACUGUCAAUGAAAUCCAAUGAGAAAGCAGGCUCCUGUUUAUCUAAAAGAUUAAAUUCUAUUCGCUCCUUUGAAAUGAAUCGUACUAGAACAUCCAGUGAAGCAUCAAUGGAUGCAGCUUAUCUUGAUAAGAUCUCUGAGCUGGAUUCCAUGAUGUCUGAAUCAGACAACAGUAAGAGUCCCUAUAACAAUUUUAAAUCCACCGACAUGGAAACCCCAACAAAAUUAGUACAAAAUAGUGAAUUUUUGGAUGAUUCUGAUAAACUAGAAGAAAGAACUAAACCAAACCUUACAAAAUGUUCUCAGCUGCUUGAUCAGCCUGGAAAUAGAAAUGAGUGGAAACCCACUUCUUUUUUCAUUCUUUCACCAUCUGACCAAGAGAUGAAUGAACAUUUUCCACUCCUCCCCUCUCCCAAUUCAGGAACAAGUGAAAUCAAACCCCAGAACUGUUUGUUUCAGAGGGAGUUUUCCCAGAGUUUUUUGUUUAGUAACUCACAUAAGCUGUUUGAUGAUCAGAGAUUUGGGCCAUCUUUUUUCAAGAUGUCCUCAGAGAUGCACAAUGUUCACAAUCACCUUCAGUCCCCAUGGUCUGCCUCAUUUGUGCCUGAAAAGAGGAAUAAGAGUAUGAAUCAGUCAGCAAAAAGAAAAAUCCAGAGUAGCCUUUCUAGUGCCAGCCCAUCCAAAGCAACUAAAAGUUGAUUAUUGAAAAGGUACUUUGUCUUGAGAGGAAAAAUAAAGUUUUUUUUUUAACUGUUUUCCUCCCUGCCCUUCUGAGUGUCCCCUCACCCCAGACAUUUUUAAUUGAUCCUUUUAACCAAAAACUAAAUCAAAGAUGAAUGGGCUAGUCUUUAUUUUUAUAUUUUUGAGAACCUCCUUUUGAAUAAUGUCAGAAAUUUGGUGGUGUUUUUCUUUUAACAUCAGCAUCAUUAUUUUUUGUGAUGUAUCAGGGUGGAUAUAUUUCAUAUUUUUUUUUAUUUUGUCAGGUGCAGUAGCCUGCUGGUAAAAAGCAGCUUGUACAUCUUCUUAAAUAAAAGUCCUAGAGAUGUCUGCAUUGUCCAUAAAACAUUUUGUUUUCGUAAUGCUUCUCUCAGUAUGUUUCUUUUACCUGCCACUUUUAUUUUAUUAUAGUAAUGGCCUGACUUUAAGCAAAUUCACACAUUGUGAAUUAGCACUAUAGACCUGAAAACAAUGGAGGCCUGAUAUCCUAUGUGAUUUUUUAAUUUGAGAUUUUGUGGGGCCUUUCUUGUUUUUGUGUGUGUGUAUGUAUGUGUGUGUGUGUGUGUGUGUGUGUGUGUGUGUGUGUGUGUUUUGUUUUUUUGUUUUUUGUUUUUUGUCUUUGACUAGCCAGUGUAGGGUACAACUUCAGAAAUUAAAGAACCAUGUUUUUAAAUGUCAAAGUGGUUGGUUUGGGGUUUGGUCUUUUGUUUGUUCUCUCCCCUGAUAUAGCUAAGUCUAUUUACCUACCUCUUUGUGGAAAACUAGAAAUUCAGCCUACUCUGUGUGGGGAAGUAUGUUAACUUCACGGCUUGGAUAUAGAGCACUCAAAUUUUCAGUCCCAAAUUCUAACUCUGAUGAUGCCCCUGGGCUACUUAUUGAAAUACUGAACUUGCUGUUUGCAUGGCACUGUGCUUUAUCGAAACCACAGUCUUUGUGCAUGCUAGCAUUCUUGCUUGCUCUGUUUUCCAUGCUAAGGAAAGUUAAGUUUUGGUUAGUAAUAGAAUGUCUCUUUUAUGUAAGUUACAAGUGCUUCUUUUCAUUUGUGGUGAGUAGGUAGGGGGUGGGGAGGGGAAAAGUGAAGCACAAUUUUUAAUUUAGGUUUGGAAAAGCAUUUGUUAUUCCAAACAUUCAGUCUCCCUAUACAGGCCUUUAAAAAUGGGUUUGUAUGCUAAUGACUUGUUUACCUAAUGUGCACUGAACAUUUUACAUUAAUACUGUACUGUUUUACAUUAAUACUGCAUGCUUUUCUAUGUGAAUUGAAUAAAGAUGUCAUAAGCACUGUUA